AUGGUCGGAGUGGUCAUAGGUGCAUUUGUAAUUUAUUGCCUCAUUCCGAAAGAUGGUGGGAAGAUCCUUCCGACUUCAUCAGACACCACUUUAGCUGAAUUAUUCAAGCAGCAUCCUCCACUUUCAGUGGAGAUACAUAUGCCACCAUCUCCACUGCAGCUGACAUCACCUAACGACUCAGUGGAAGAGUCGUUGCAGCAUCCAUCACCCGAUAAUGACUCAGUGGAAGAGUUGUCGCCUGUCAUCUCCACCCACGCUGCCAACACCAUCCAUGCCGGUUACAUGGAGCCUACCUCGUGUUGGUGGGCAAUAUCCUCCUGUUGGUUGAUCUCCGUUCUCUGCUCUGAGUUUCAACUUUGCUAG